AUGUCGUUUCCAUUUGAGCAGCAAUACAACCAGUUCAUGGUAGAUGAGAGUAGCGGCACACAGUUCAAUUCAGACAAUGGAGGAUCUGCUAAUAUGUUGAUUUCUCAAGUACCUGGUAAUACAUCUAACCAGCAGUUGAUGCAACAGUCUUCACAGCCUUCACAGCAGCAGCAGUUUCGAAACUCAUUUCAAUUUCAGGGUCAGCCUGGUAGUCAAAUGGCGGGCCCAAGGCAGAAUCAGGGACCAGCAGCUGUAGAACAGACUCGCAACGUUUCCAUGAAUCAGGGUCAAUUUCACGUAAAUACUCCUCAAUCACAACUCCAACCACAGUCUUCCCAAGGACCAGUGAAUCAAGCGAAGUAUGCACAAUUUUUGCAACAACAGCUACAACAUCAGCAACAUCAAACCCCAGCUCUGGCGGGACAGGCAGAUGGAUUACAGACUCCCCCCUCUGCAAUGGUGAGGGGGAGCCAAACUAACCAAAAUGCUAUGGUCUCUGGAGCUAAUCCCGGAAAUGUGCAAUUUCAAAUGUCUCAAUACGCACCUAACACUUCUGGACCACAAAAUCAACGGAUUAAUUUAGGACAGUCGGGUAGUCUAGGGACAAAAUUCGCAGGAUCGAGCGCUCUACCAGGUAAUCCAGGUGACUCAGCUCCUGGAGGCCCUGUACUGUCCGCUUCAGGUGGUCCCAAUGCUGCCGGUGUGCAUGGAAUUCAUCCCGUACCUAGUAAUAUUGGAGCACCAGUGGUCCCAAUUACGGGCCACCAACCGUCCGAUAGGAGCAAUAUUCCACCAAGACCCGCGUUACCAAAUGAGAUCCUUUCUGCGGUGAAGGAGUUACCUAAUUCUACUCUGGAGGAAAAGACGCUUAUUGAGCUUUUAACUAAAGAUGCUGAGCAAGAGCUGAUAUUUGCUAAGCAAGAGCAAAGACACGCUGGUCUUAUCUACCGGAAGCAGGUGGAGUAUGACUACUAUGACCAAGUACGCCAAUUAAGACAGGUACAACCGAGUGCCAUUUUCGGCGAUGGCUAUUCUGGUUAUGGAAACAGCUGGACUGGAUCAAGAAUGAAUCUAAUUUAUCCCCGAGACAGAAAGCGAGGCAAAAGAGAAUCAAGUGAGCUGUUUUUGUCAAUGGAGCAACUGGAAUAUAUUGCAUCUAUACCAGAGCUACUUGCUCCAAUAAGGUUGGACAUCGAUCUAGAUAAGUAUCGACUUCGUGAUACGUUUACAUGGAACUUAAAUGAAAAGCUAAUCUCCGUUGAUUUAUUCGCACAGAAUUUAGCUGAAGAUUAUAAUAUUCCCCUGUCUUAUGCCCCUCUUAUUGCGAAUAAUAUUAACGAAGUACUAAAUGAUUUCCAUCCUCAUGCGUUUGUAGAGGCGGCUGAAGACCAAGAUCAGGCAAGCAGCGGACUCCAUAGUAGCUCUGCAACUGGAGAAGAGUCAUCUGGAACUGUUAUUACUUCAGUGAACACUUCUACUACGAGUUCUAAUCCUGCUGGUGAUGUUACCGUUACUACUACAACUAAUGACGGUAUAUCUGAGAAUUUGACCCCUAAUGGAUACGCCACAAAUCCUACAUUAUCUAAUCGAAAUGACGAUAUGAGAAUAACGAUCAAGCUGGAUAUUACAGUUGGUCAACAUAAUUUGGUUGACCAGUUCGAGUGGGAUUUGAAUUGUAUGGACAAUAAUCCUGAGCAGUUUGCAGAAGCCAUGUGCAGAGAUCUAAGCCUCUCAGGCGAGUUCGCAACUGCUAUCGCACAUGCAAUUCGUGAGCAAACACAACUUUUCACAAAAACAUUAUUUCUAGUUGGCCAUCAGUUUGACGGCCGGCCAAUAGAAGACGAUGAUAUUGUUCGCGAAUUGUGCCCACCCGUGACUUCGGAUGCCUUUCUCAGGAACACGUCGUUUAUCAAAGACUUCUCACCUGUUCUAUUUGAGAUUCCGCAUGUCGAACUCGACCGUCAAGAUAAGGAUCGUGAUCGUGACAGUCGUCGUAAACGAAGACAGGGCCGUGCUGGUAGAAGAGGAGGUCCUACAUUACCUGACUUGCGGGAAACUGUCCGCACAUUUCGUACUCCUGUUUACUCAUCAUUAUUACCUGGUGGUAUUGAUAAAGUACUUGAGCUUGUCCGCAAACAGGCAACUAAGGCCGAGGAGAGUGAUGACGAUGAUGAUACACCACGGCCGGUUACCGUUGGUAGAAGAGGUAGGCCUCCUGCCCAUGCUCAAUUGUCUGGUGUGAGUACAUUUCGAGCAUCACCUGCAGCGCUUCCAUCAAGUUCUUCGAGAAUGGCUAGCCCGCAAUUUCGAUAUCAUCAGCAGAUUCAAUCAGUUGAAGAUCAUUAUCUGGUUAAGCUUCGCAUUCCACCUCGUAUACGGGAUGAAGUCAAUCGUAUAUCUCUGUGA